UUCCGGGAAAAUGGCGGCUCCCGCUCGUGCCCCGGAGGCCCCGCCGGCCGCGGAUCCGGCGCCAGCAGCGGGGGCUGCCGAGGACGCCGAGUGCCCGCCGCCUCGCCAGCCUCAGCCCCCGCAGAAUGUCCUCGCUGCCCCGCGGCUUCGAGCCCCAAGCUCCCGAGGACUUGGGGCAGCGGAGUUUGGCGGAGCUGCGGGAGAUGUUGAGGCGCCAGGAGAGACUUUUGCGCAACGUAAAAUUCAUUUGCAAAUUGCCCGACAAAGGUAAAAAGAUCUUAGACUCUGUUGCCAAACUGAAAGCUGCCAUUACAGAGCGUGAAGAAAUUCAAGGAAGAAGUGGACUCUUGCAUCCCGUUAGUUUAGACUGUAAACAGAGGCAGAAGGCAGUUGCAUUUGUUGAUGUGGACACAGAAAAGGCCCAGAACUCUGACCAGAUACUUGAUACUUCAUCACUAGUUCCUGGCUGUUCCUCUGUAGCUAACGUCACGCCAUCUCAGACAACCUCACAACAGAAGGAACCUGUCCAUCCUCCCCGCAGAGGCAAUGCAGACGCCCCCGAGGUUGAGUUCACGGUGAGCAAGUGCCCAGCUUCGGGCAGCAGAGCUACCGCACCUUCCCCAGCUGAAGCGCGUGCGCCUCUCCCUCAGCAUCGUGUUGCUGGUCAAGCGGAGGAUAGUUCUAGCAGCUCUGACAACCAGUUUAUUGAUAGAUUACAAAGGAUCACGAUUGCAGACUCAAGUGAACACCGCUCAGAAGAAAACACGAGUACUGAGAACUUGACUGGCCUUCAGAGCGAGCCACAGAGGAAGCCUCAUUACAUGAAAGUGCUAGAAAUUCGAGCCAAAAACCCCCUGCCCCCACCACAUAAAUUUAAAACCAAUGUGUUACCUUCACAGCAGCACGACUGGUCGAGUCACUGUCAGAGGCGAGGGUCUCCUGUUUGCUCAGAGGAGAGGCGGCUCAGGGACAGGAAGCACCUUGAUGACAUCACAGCAGCCCGGCUCCUGCCGCUCCACCAUCUGCCUGCACAGCUGCUCUCCAUAGAGGAGUCUCUGGCACUUCAGAAACAGCAGAAACAGAGCUAUGAGGAGAUGCAAGCCAAGCUGGCAGCACAAAAAUUAGCUGAAAGACUGAAUAUUAAAAUGCAGAGCUAUAAUCCAGAAGGAGAAUCUUCUAGGAAAUACCGAGAAGUAAGGGAUGAGGGUGACGAUCAGUCCUCUGAUGAUGAAUUCUGAAGAUGGGCGUCCGGAUAAUCUCCUGCAUCUCUGCCUGUUGGGAUCUCAUUAUCUUCCAUCAGACUUUCUAACAAGUAUCAAGAUCAGUGUCAGACCUUGUGGAAAGAAUUUUGUAAAGGUACACAAAGGAAGCUAUGCAAGUAGCCCACUUUGAGAAGAUAACUUUCAUGUGCUUGAAAAGUUUAAAAAUUGAAUAUUGUGCUUAAUCACACUGUAUUAAAGUUUUGCAGUGUGUCGUCUGUUGGUCUGAUACGUUAGUGUGCACGAGAGCACAUUUUUUUCUCUAAGCCAAAUGAAAGCAGGUGACCAACUGCUUUUCUCUUUAUUCUUACCUCUGUCAAGUAGCAUUUAUUACAUGUCUUUCAGUGAAUUAUUAAGUUGUCCCAGGCCAUCACCUACAAUGAAUUAGGAAGAUACAGGCCCCUCCCUUUCUGAAUAAUGAAGGGAGCAACGUAGAGAAUUUUGUGCAUGUUUGCAUGGGACUGUGCGGUGUUGGAUGAGAUACCAAGGAAGACGCUCAGAGAAGAUUCUUAAGUGUUUGUUUCCUUCUUCUGCCUUUCCUUAGGAAGAAUGUUUUCCUUCUGAUUAGGAAUAAGGAGUCCUUUUAGUUGAUGCUGGAGGGUGGGUCUAGGUGACCAGAUUUGCCUGGAGUAACAUGAGCUGUAGGAAAAGCCCAAGAUGACGGACAUAGGUGAAGGGAGAAGCGGUUCUCCUGCCUGGCCUGACUUGAGUUCAUUGUACUAACAGAUGAUAGGUUCAGUUUGCUAAGAAAAUCAGUUUUUUUAAAGCUACAAUUGGUUUGUUAUCAGUAUAUUGCUUUCCCACGCAAAAAAAGAGGGUUACAUGAGCUGCAGAAACCUUAAUCUCAUAUAUAUACAUAAAUAUGUAAUUUUAAAGGAUUAUGUGGUUUUCUCCAGAGAAAUUAACACGUAUGUUAUCAAAGAUUUCUUUGUCUAGUAUGUUGGCGCCUUUAAACAGUGUUGAAAGGAAGAAUAAAAUAUUAAUUACAGCAAUUUCAAAAUGCUAA